UUGUCCCUGCUAGACACGCAACCGACGACGACUCGAUGGAUACGAACUUUUCCCCCGAUCCCCCACCACGUCACGAUUAGCUCAUCGAUCAUGCCGCCGCCACGGCGAUCGCGUCGCCGGCGCCUGCAGCGCUCCGCCGAGGCGCCGCGCGCAAGCGGCGGCAACGGCUGGCUGUCCGUCCGGCGCGGCCAGUUCAAGCGGCAGGACGAACGACACGGCGACGACGGCCUGCCUAUCAGCGACGAAGCCCUCCUGCUCGUCUUCUCGGGCCUCUCGGGCAGCACCGUGGACCUCGCCCGCUGUGCCGCCAGCUGCAGGCGGUGGCUCCGCCUCGUCUCCGCCGACGCCGCCUUCAUCUGCCGCGAGCCGCCGCGCUCCGACCGCUUCAUCCGCCGCCUCGCGCUCGGCUUCUUCCUCAACAACGUCAGCGGCGGCGGCGCGGGAUCGCCAUCAGCGCCGCCGCGCUUCGUGCCCAUGGAGUUGGGCGCCUCGUCUUCAUUGGGCCAGCAACUCUCGCUCAGCACGCUCGUGGGCGACGACGGGGUGCUGGACUCCUCCCGCGUGGUGGCCUCCCGCAACGGCCGCCUCGUGCUGGACCUCCGUCGCGGCAAGGGCGUAGGCGGACACGUCCUGAGGCUCUGCGUCUGCAACCCCAUGACCGGAGACGUCGACUUCCUCCCGCCCCUGCGCCGCAAGGACUCCCCCGGGCCCUACGCUUGCACGGUGCUCACCGCCAUCGACGAGCCGCGGGGCACGGACACGACGACGACGACGACUUCCUCCUACCGCGUGCUCCUCGUCUACAACCGUCGCAGCUUCACGGCGCUCCGGUGCUACGACUCAUCCGAAGGCGGCUGGGGCCCGGAAGCCCAGGUGACGGGUGCCAGGAUCGGCAGGAAGCGGCUGGGCAUGUCCAGGAGAUCUGUGCAACCGCCCCCCGUCAUGCGCCGCGGCGUGGUCUUCUGGCCUGGGCUCGACUUCGAUCUGCUUCUCUCCACGCUUCAGCCGUCGGCGGCUAAGGACGACGCCUCCAAGCUUCCAUACGCCGUGAUAGCCUACUCCUCCGCGCGCCGCCGGCGCGGCUACAGGAGCAACGCGGAUCGCUUGGUAGGAUUGAUGCCGGACGGGAGGCUGUGCGUCAUCGAAGCGGACAGCGAGACGAUACGCGCCUACUACACGAGCUGCCCUGGCUACGGCGCCAUUGGCAAUUGCUUGUCGUCGAGCACGAAGGAGUGGUGCUGGGCGAUCAAGGUGGCGCUGAUCGGGCCGCCGGAGUACGGCGUGCACACGGUGAAGCUGCGGUGGUUCUUCGAGAACAGCGGCGUGGUGCUGUUCACUGCGAGGAAUGGCCACACCGACCCCAACACUUACGUUUACAAGCUGGACGUGGAGACGAAGCAGGUCGUUCGGGUGGCCGGCGGCGACGGCGAGUCGAUUGGGGAGAUAUAUGGGUACGAGAUGGACAGGGUGGCAUUGCUGGCCUCCCUCGCUCGCUGAAGCCUUUGCCAUGUGAUUCAUUAGUUUCAGGACAUUUGGCUAGCUAGCAUGCUAAACUUGCAAGUUUGCCAAGAGCUCAAGAUGUAUGCAGCUCAGAGCUCGAGAACUGCUUUGUGUUCGCGCUUAGAACCCAAAGCACACCAACAGACUCGGCCGCCGUCGGUAAGUUACGCCGCCGUCCCUCCGCCGCCGAGUCUUCCCAACCGCCUUCUUCGCGGCCGCCGCGCUGGCGCCUGCGUGGCGCGAGCGCGAGCAGCUCAGGCACGUGGCGGCGGGCCUUGCGUCGUCGGCGCCCCGCACCGGCGAGAGCGACCUCGCGCGGCGCCGCCUGUUGGGCGCGGCCGGCUCGCGCCCGGGGCCGCCGGUGUCAUCCCGGCGGACCUUCUCCAGCGCCGCCGCGAACGGGUCGAAGCCCGUGUGCUGCCUCCUGCUGCUCGCGAACGGGCUCCACGACGACGACGACGACGAGGGCGCCCUGCCCAGCAGGCGCGCGGCCGUGGGCGACGUGGCGGCCG